AUCAAAACGUCGUUCGCUUCAGAUCUCUCUUUCCGGUGAGGCUCUUCAGGUGGACGCAUCGUAGUUUUUAUUAGUUGGACAAAAGUUUUCUCCAUCUUCCAACAAAAUGAAAAUCUGGAAGGACGUUUUCACCGGUGACGAGAUGUUCUCGGACACCUACAAGGUCAAGCUGGUGGACGAUGUCAUGUACGAGGUGUACGGCAAGCACGUCUCCCGCACCCUGGGUGACGUGCAGCUGGAUGGCGCCAACCCGUCCGCCGAGGAAGCCGAGGAGGGAACCGAAUCCGCCACCGAAAGUGGAGUGGAUAUCGUCCUGAACCACCGUCUGGUUGAAACCGGAUUUUCAGACAAGAAGCAGUUCACCACCUACCUGAAGGACUACAUGAAGAAACUUGUCACCCGGCUGGAGGAGAAGUCGCCCGGCGAGGUGGAAGUCUUCAAAACGAACAUCAACAAAGUGAUGAAGGAUCUGCUCGGUCGCUUCAAGGACCUGCAGUUCUUCACCGGUGAAUCGAUGGACUGCGAGGGUCUGAUCGCCAUGCUGGAGUACCGUGAUAUCGAUGGCGAGUCCGUGCCCGUGCUGCUCUGCUUCAAGCACGGUCUGGAGGAGGAGAAGUUCUAAAGUGUGGUGGUGUUUGUGUAUGUGUGUGUGAUUGUUGCCGAGACGCGCGUUAGCAUCAUGCAUAUAUUUUUCAAUUUGGUUUAAGCUUUCAUAUUGACCCCGAUUGAUCCUGCAUCGAGCAUAGAAAAGGGCAGACUACUGACUAAACAAUAGCGUUAUUUAUAAUGGUGUAAGCAGCGACAGUAGCGCGCUUAGGUGGGAUGCGUUUUUUCGCACCGCUUUCCGCGCUCGGGCAGCAGCAACCCGGUAGAGAACAAUCGAGGACACUAAACGAAAGGCGAAGAGGAUAUUUUGAGACAUACUUUUUUUUUUAUAAAUUACCGUCAGCAUUUAACUUUACGACUAGGCGCGACAUUUCCAAACACGAUGCGGAUGAGAGCCUCACGGUGUAACGAAUCGUCUACAAUCAUUUACAAGUGUGUGAAGAAAAAGACUAAACAAUACUCGCCCGCGCCCCUCCCAACGUGUACGCAGUUCCGUUAUGUUAUCAACUUUUCGUUGGGCGGUAGCACGGUAGAAAGCGCACGUGGACAGAACAUCAGCCCGAACGUGUGCGCGCAAAGGAACGUACCAGAAUUGGCAUCAUGACUUCUUUGGAAGGUGGAGAAAAACCAACACGAUUAUCUUCUGUGUGCUGCAAGAUUUAACAACUUCCUUGCAAAAAAUAAUAACAACUUCAAGCAUGAAACUUAACAUCAAAUAAAGAAGAAAACAUCAAUCGUAUCAACUGAAA